AUGAGCGGUUCAAUAAAUUUACCUAUUGUCUCUCCUAUCUUCCGAUACUCGCUCAUUGCGACCUUUGGAUCAAAUAUAUCCGCUCGACGUCCACAUCUUCGACCGGCAGUCAACCUUCCUCCCGAGUUGAUCGCAUCGCCCUCGACCGAAAAGAGCUCUAGCGCCGCUGUUCCCCGACCGCCCACGGCCAUCACCGUCUUUUCUCUCAACAGCAUCCUCUCAAUGUUCUGGGACGCUUGUGAAGUCAUGGCUCGUCGUUUCUUUCCUGGCCAGAGUGCCGCCUUCGGCUUGAGUCUGCUACUGUUUACCUUUAUGUUUUUACCCACGCUGGUCGUCUUGUUGGCUGUGAUCGUCUUCUUUUUGUUCUAUUAUCCUCGCCUGCGAAAGCCGGGCCACGAGCAUUGA